CGGGGAUUUCCUGAACGCGUUCCAGCCCAUCUGAAUCCCAGUGAAUCCCACCAAACCAAGCUGCACUUGCUAGCGAAGGCGAGAGCAGAUCGAAGAACUCGGAGCUGAGCUGGCAGUGGUCUCACUCUCAGCUGCUGUUAUCGACGAUUUUGCGGUGACCGUCUUCUGGUCUUGGUCGUAACACAGGCACCCGUGGCUAGUGCCUUGGCUUGGGCGCGGCAGCUAUGAAGGCAUUUCGUGGCCAGGCGCUGUUACUGGCGUUCGUGCUGGUUCAGUGGACUUUGGUCGAGGGACAAGGAUCUUUCUGUUCGUUCUUUGGAAAUAAAUCACCUUCUCCGCAACCCGGAUUGCAGAACUGUACGUGGUAUAGGGACAGUUCAUGCUGUGUGAAUGAGGAGAUCAACUCACUAUUUAAUCAAGUACAAGUGCCAGCUAAUUCCAACGGACAUUGUCGCAAUUACAUCACCUACUUGAUGUGUUACGUGUGCGAUCCCAGGCAAAGUAACUUCUAUGCACAGGAACGUCUGACUGUGUGUGAAGAUUUCUGCAAUGAUCUACUGAGUGCAUGCCAAGAUGCUAGAUUACAAGGAGUACGUUUGGGAACACGUUAUGGCACUAAUGGAAGUGCUUACUGCGCUGACCGCCGAUUCCAAGUUUCCAACGUGAAAGAAAAUUGCUUUACGCUAGAAGAAAGCAAGAGAACAUUGGUUGCCAGCAGUUCAUUGUUAAAACCAAGUAUUCUGUUAGUCCUGCUGCUACCAUUGAUUUUGGUAUUGAGUGGAUCAUUCAGUAUGACUGGUAAUGCCGGUCAGAGGAUGACAUCAUUCCUGUUGGUAGCCGUGGUAGUGUUGGUGAUCUGCAGUUCAAGUUCAGCUUUAGUCACUGACAACAACAUCAAAUCCAUGGCAACGAGCAUACAAUCUUCUUUGAUCAGCAUUUCCAACGAUGGCAUCCAACGAGAACAGCUGCAGGAGCUCUACGAUAACGCUACAAGUGAAUCCAACGACCUGAACGUCACCUACAUUCUCACUGAGAUUGAACAGAAGCUGACGGCUCUCACGGCCGACUUGGACAUGGCUAGCAAGGCUGUGAAGGAUGCAGUCAUUUCGGCCCGCACUCGUGCAAACAACCUACCGACCAAGUCGCCGGGCUUGGCCUCUCUGCCAACUUCUGUCUUUUUGGAUGCUGAUACUAUGUUCACCAGUCCUGCACUGGAAGUUGAAUAUAACAGCACUUUUCGCAAGUACGCCAGCUUCCAACAGAGCUCGGUCAAGAUUCCCAGCUCUGUCAACCGUGAUGCUGUUGAUGUGUAUGACACCGUGGAGUGGAGUGCGGGCAUCGACCCAAUGCUGAGACAGACAAUGAAGUUCCGCAAUGCCAGGUGGGCCUACUUUGGCGCAGAGACUGGUGUGUAUCGCUCAUUUCCUGCUGUGGAGUGGGAAAGUAACUUUGCCGGCUUCAGAACAGACUACGAUCCCCGAGUUCGGCCAUGGUACCUUGCAGCCACGUCAGGUCCCAAGGCUGUGGGUAUCUUUCUGGACUGCAGUGCCUCGAUGGAUGACGACGGCAGAAUGGGAAUUGCGAAGGCAGCUGCCAAGCAAAUCAUCAAUUCCCUGACUAGGGAUGACCAGGUGAAUGUCAUCUGUUCGCGUGGUAACUACAUCAACUCUGGUGGUAACCGCCGUUCCUAUGACCCAGUCGUACUGGGCUGCAACAAGAAAAAGUUUAUGAGAGCCACUCCGUCAAACCGUGCUCAGCUAAUUUCAAGCAUUGAUGCUCAGGAAGGUUAUGGAAGUGGCGAGGAACAUAACACUGCCCUGAACACGCUGAUAAGCCUCUUCCCGACAGCUACAGAUGGCACUGGUGGCUGUGAGAAGAUCCUCAUCGUGCUCACAGAUGGCAAGGACACGGACCCGCGAAACUACAAACACGUGUGCUAUGACCGAAAUCGUGGAACAUACGGCUGUGUCUUGCUGCGCACGGAAUUCAGUGAAAUUUACAGCACGGUUUCCUUUGCUCACACUUCGAGUCGCAAGAUCAAGGUGGUGGGUAUCGAAGUGGGUGAUGAAGGAUCAACUCUACCAGGCAAGCUAGGCUGUGAUAAUGGUGGUGUGUACAUUCAGCUGAGAUCUAGCGAUAACAUCCGAUCAAUGAUGAGCCCUUACUACAGUUACCUGGCCAGACUGGCUAACACGGACAAUGAUCAAAUUAGUCCCACAGCACCCUAUGUCGAUGUGUCUGGCCUGGGAAGAAUCAUCACCCUCUCAAGAGCCAUUUACGACCCACAAGAUGCUCAGACUCUGCUUGGCGUAGUGGGAGUGGAUGCAGUGCUGGAUGAUCUUGAGAAUACACUACUGGAUGACCAGUUUGGCCUGUCCUAUGCAUUCCUCAUUGACACAGAGGGAAGAGCUAUCGUUCAUCCACGCCUGAAGCCAAGUUCAGAGCUUGUUGAUGAUCCUGUUUAUCCACGAAUCUCAAGCUUGGAAGUUCAUGACGGUCUACCAGUAGAGUUUGACCAAACCAACGGAAUAUUAGCGGACUUGAUGGCCCAGAAAACUGGUCAACGGACAGUAACAGGCCCUCGCGCACAACAGCUCGGCGGGUUGGAAGAUGGCGUCAAGUGGAUCAACAAUGUCCGUUUCACGUACCAUUUCUCUUCUGUCCGGUCGACCGACUAUGCGUUUGCUUUUGUCUUGACUGAGGCGGAUGCAAGCCAGGUGAUGCUUAGUAACACCAUGUAUACGCCGGGACAAGCCCACAAUUACUACCAUGAGAUCAGUAAGUAUGACAGCGCCACUCGAACCACCAUUGGCUACACGACCAAUAGCAACAACUACAAUAACCUGGCGGUCGCACUGAAAGCGUCAACGUUCAAAUUGGCAGGACAAGCCUUCUGCGAUCCAACUCAGUAUCUGUUGUCGGAUGAGCCUAACUCAACUCUUGUUGAUAGCUACUACAACAGUGGUGCCAUGCUGGCUGCCUGUGAUGCUGGUGGAAUAUUCCAACCAGAGACCAGGUCCACUGUUUGGGUAACCCAGCCAGUCGAAGCAGCUUGGAGGGCCCGUUCAGCAGCCGUAUCUGAUGAGAUUAUUUGGACUUACUUUGGCUCUGCUAAUGGAGUAUGGAGGAGUUUCCCAGGAUCUAGGUCUACACGCAACUAUGACCCCACCAGGCGUCCCUGGUACCACCGUGCAUUGGCAAACCCACCAUCUCAGUACGCCACUUCAUCUGUGUAUUUGGAUGCCGGUGGUAUUGGCAAAGUGGUGACAGUAGCUCAGACCGUAUUCCAGACCCGCUCUGUUCCCUCAGGUACUGGCUUGUGUACUGCAGCUACUGGAAGAGCUGGCAACUGUGCGUGCUCAAGUCAUGCUCAAUGCCAGUCUUUGUACUGCUAUGGUACACCAAGCAUGUGUGCCAAUCCAACGAUUGCUGGUGUGGGUGCAAUUGAUUUCCGCUACAACAUGUUUGCUGGAACCAUCGAAUCUGCAUUGGCUAUACCUGGUAUCGUUACGGCUGAUCGAUGUAGUCAAGCCGGUGUCAGUUGUAUGCUGGUGAAUGAUGCAGCUGAGGUGGUGUACCACGCCAGCUUUGCGUCGGUACCUGACGGCGAUCCACGUAACUACCAAGGUGUACCACUCGGUUACUUGAACGGGGCUGUCAUGCUGGAUCUGGUGGAUCGAGGGGUCUUUGACCGCUUCACCUUCAGGAACUUGCAGGGCACCUGUCAAAUUUCACCAUAUGCACCUCGAGCCACUGAUCGCGGCCUCAUCCUAUCGGCAGAACAGGAAGACAACUACUACGUCAACCGCGGACCUAUUCCCCGCUUCCAGAAUAACUAUGGUUGCCCACUUAAUCAGAUUCAGUAUCAACGCAACUUGACGAAGGUUGACUUCACUAAUAGCGUGACCACACCCUUCCAGGGCCCAUGUAUUUAUGGAGACUAUCGUAUCUUCCCUGUUGGGGACACCAACCUUCUUCUACUUGUCAUUCAGACCACAACCAACAACACAGGCAACUUCUUUAACUUCAACUGUCACAUCUUCAACAAUGUGGCAAGGUCUGGUGGAUUUGAGUCCAAGGAGACAGGAUGUGCCACUAACUUUGAUGAUACUGAAGUCAGGGCAACUUGUCCCACCGCCGUCAACUAUGAGCCAUUUUGCAAUUACAACUCUGCAUCUCUGCUGGCAUGCUCCUCAUUGCUUGUUGCUCUCUUGGCAACUAUUUCUUGCCUGCUUUGAACAGAUGCGUAAACUUGUAGCAGCAAAACGGUAGACGUUAAUUCAUGUUGCUAGAUGUCACAUACAAGCUGCUUUGCCUCGUGCGAAUAUUUUCUUGAUUAUUUGUAGCUGUCACCGGGUGUGACUACUAGUAUUCUUGUGUUUCUUCAUUUAUCGUAUGUGCUUCACAUACAUUGCUUUUUUUCUUCUUCUUUUUUUUAAAACAUUUCCUCUUUCUUUACCUAAAGGAUUGAUAAAGUGAGAAUUUAUUUUCAACUGCGGGUUCCCUUCUUUCCUUUGUUGCCCGCAAAGUCUAGAUUUUUCUUUUAUUAAUUUUGUUGCCUGCAAUGUCUAGAUUUUUCUUGUGUUCUCUUGGCGGCUGGCCUGCGUCGAGAGCGUUUCACGGCCUUGCCUUCAUUUCAGAUAGUAGAAACCUUGUUGGUGUAGGGUUGCUAGUGUUUGUAAAGCUAAGGAUAGAGAUCUGAUCAUAACUAUCUCUUUCCGACUAUAUUCUCAAUUAUGCAGUCUUUGUGAUCGGUCCCGAAUAAGCACAGAGGCAAGAAAGUUCAAGGACUGUAAUAGUGUCUUGAUGACAUCAAUUAUA